AACCCCUGAAACGACAAUCCGGGCCGUUCACCAAUUGCCAACCAAAUUCUGGAGCGUUUGGGUUUUCUUCCGGCAAUCAGCUUCAACUGAAAGUUAACCUCCCCUGCAGAAGAGCACUUCGUCUUCCCGAUCUGAGCAUCAAUCCCACGCUCUCUAUGGAGAAGGAGGAGGAGUCGAGAUCAAAGGAUCAGCAGAGCUCGGAGGACACCGACGAAGCAGAGGCUGUCGAGCUGGUCCUGUUCCAAGUCUCCGAGUGCUACGUCUAUUUGAUACCGCCAAGGAAAAGUGCAGCUUCUUACAGGGCUGAUGAAUGGAAUGUGAACAAGUGGGCUUGGGAGGGAGCAUUGAAAGUAAUCAGCAAGGGAGAAGAAUGCAUUAUCAUACUUGAAGACAAGACUACUGGUGACUUGUACGCUCGGGCAUUCUUGAGAAAUGGAGAGCCGCAUCCAGUGGAACCUGUAAUUGACAGCAGCAGAUAUUUUGUUCUUCGUAUAGAAGAAAAUAUUGGUGGUCGUACACGGCAUGCUUUCAUUGGCAUUGGAUUUCGAGAAAGAACAGAGGCUUACGAUUUCCAAGCGGCCUUGCAUGACCACUUGAAAUAUUUGGACAAAAAGAAAACUGCAGAAGAGAUGGAACAGCAUUACCAGCACAAUUCUUCAGUUGAUUACAGUUUGAAAGAAGGGGAGACUCUUAAACUCCAAUUAAAGAACAAAAGCAGCGGUAGUUUCAAAUCGAAACAUUUGGAGCAAAGUCUGAACAAUUUGUCUUUGGAGGAGAAGACCAACAAGGAAGAGCCCGUGGUAUGCCUCAGACCACCCCCACCUCCCCCGGCGCCGCUUUCACCUGCUACUUCUGUUCCUGAGUCUACAGCAGAUGUGCCUCCGCAUUCAUCUCCUCGGCAACUCCCUGAACAUAAGGCUCUCAGCUCAAAUAAAGAAGAGUUAGGGCAAUCAAAUUCUAACGAUGACCAGAGUGCGCAAGAACUGCCGGAUGAUGAUUUUGGAGAUUUUCAAACAGCUGGGUGAAAAGGACUUGAGAUGGCAAUGUAUAGGGGUGUCCCAGUGCACGGGAUUACCGCAUUGCAGGGUGAUGUACACCGAAUCAACUGAACAUUUUAUGCCAUUUUCUUCAUAUAAGUUGACCAAGAAGGUUUGCAAUCUUCAAGUUUAUGUCGACUGUGCUGCAAUUUCAUUCAUUUGGUAAAAAUAGUAAAGGUCCUUGGAAGUGCUUUUAUCGCCA